GGAAGCUUCAUCUGCAACUUUUUACAACUUUAAUGAAACCACAGAAGAAAAUUUGUUGUUUUUUCAUGUCUCUGCUCCAUAAAGCUGUAUUAAUGAAUCAAUAGCACCUGUUAUUAUAGACUUCAAGUUUUGAGUGAAAUGCUGUUUGCUACAGACACGCAGUUUAUUUCUGUUUUAUGCACUGAAGUGUCUUCAAGCAGUCAGUCUCAAGAGGUGAGAUAAUCAUUUUCAGUAUUGAAAACUGCACAGAAGUGUCACAGUACCUUUCUUCUUCCUGGACUUUAACUAGGCAGAUGUGGGCUGCUAUCAAACUCUCAAUUUACACUAAUAAUAUAAUUGAAGCUAAUGGCAUUUGGAGGGAAAUGUUGAGGUAUGAUAAAUUGGGAAAUGAAGUUAUGGCUUCGAGCGGCUCAUGAAUAACAGCCUUGUGUUGUAUGAGACUUCGCAGCACGUGAUAGUCACAAACGCAAAUAUUUGUUGUUAAAAUUAGAAGGGAACUGGAGCUGCUUGAGGAAAGCUCAAAACCAACACAUGCAAAAUGCUAAAAACAAGAUUCACUCAAUGUGGAACAAAGUUAAGCACAAAAGCAGCAAUAAUCCUGACAGCAGGUGAAAGCAGGAGCAGGUUACAGAGGUUCUGGCCUCAAAGGCUUGUAAUGAGAUCAGGGUUUGUUUACAGUGAAAAGGACAGAAGAUCUGCAGCCUGCCAGAAGCUGGUUGGUCAGCUGCUGCUUCUGUUGUAAUUCGGUUCACAUGAGCGCUCGGUUGGACCUAUUAGUCAGCACGAGCUGCAGUCCCAUGUCUGAAAUUUGCUUUUUCUCAGCAGGCUGUCCGACCCGCCUGCCUCCCGGCCCAUUCCUUUUGUUCGCUUUCUCUUCUUUCUUGUCUGUUUCUUCUCAAGCUUCAGGAAACUAAAGCUGAACUAAACCUGAGCCAGCAGGUUGAAGCUGACAUGACCUCAGAGAAGGAAAGCAAUGGACUCGACAACUUUGCCUUUGCGCUGGAAGGAGGUUUCUGUGAUCUAUCAGAAAAAGGAGAAGAUCUGGACUCAUCUAUUGAUGAAGACACAAACAAACUGGCUUACUGCGUGACAGAUGUCCCGCCCUGGUACCUCUGCAUCCUCUUAGGCGCUCAGCACUGUUUGACUGCCUUUGGCGGCAUCAUCGCCAUCCCCCUGAUCCUGUCGCAGGGUCUGUGUCUGCAGCAUGACGGCCUCACGCAGAGCUACCUCAUCAGCACCAUCUUCUUGGUGUCUGGAGUCUGCACCUUGCUGCAGGUCACCUUUGGCAUCAGGCUGCCCAUUCUUCAAGGCGGUACGUUCACGCUGCUGGCUCCCUCCAUGGCGAUGCUGUCCAUGCCAGAGUUUAGGUGUCCUGCCUGGACCCAAAACGCCAGCUCAGUCAACGCUUCGUCCACAGAGUUCACAGAAGUGUGGCAAAGUCGGAUGAGAGCUCUGCAGGGCUCCAUUAUUGUGGGCUCCAUCUUCCAGGUGUUUGUUGGAUUUUCUGGCCUCAUCGGCCUCUUCAUGCGCUUCAUUGGACCUCUCACCAUUGCUCCCACUAUCGCUCUUAUUGGUCUGUCGCUGUUUGAUUCAGCUGGGAGCAGCGCUGGAAACCACUGGGGCAUCUCUUCAAUGACCACAGCCCUUAUCAUCCUGUUUUCACAGUACCUCCGUCACAUAGCCAUCCCCUUUCCUACCUACAGCAAGGAUAAAAAGCUUCACACUUCUCCAGUCUACAUCUUUCAAAUUCUCCCUGUCUUGUUGGGAAUCACAGUUUCUUGGCUCAUUUGUUACAUCUUGACGGUGUAUGACAUUCUUCCUGCCGAACCUGGGCAGUACGGUUACCUCGCACGCACAGACCUAAAAGGAGAAGUAAUCAGCCAAGCUCCCUGGUUUACCUUCCCAUACCCAGGCCAGUGGGGGAAACCCACAGUGAGCCUGGCCGGCGUGGUGGGGAUCCUGGCCGGGGUCAUCUCCUCCAUGAUCGAGUCUGUUGGGGAUUAUCACGCAUGCGCAAGAUUAUCCGGAGCGCCGCCGCCACCGAGACACGCCAUUAACCGCGGCAUCGGCAUCGAGGGAAUCGGCUGCCUGCUGGCUGGAGCGUGGGGAACCGGAAACGGAACCACUUCCUACAGCGAGAACGUCGGUGCGCUCGGCAUCACCAAGGUCGGAAGCCGCGUGGUCAUAGUGGCCAGCGGGGUGUUCAUGGUUUCCAUGGGGAUUCUGGGUAAAAUGGGUGCUGUGUUUGCAACCAUCCCCUCUCCGGUGAUUGGAGGCAUGAUCAUGGUCAUGUUUGGUGUCAUCUGUGCAGCAGGAGUCUCUAAUUUGCAGUACACAGACAUGAAUUCAUCCAGAAAUAUCUUCAUUUUUGGCUUCUCCAUGUUCUCUGGUUUGGUCAUUCCCAACUGGAUAUUAAAGAAUCCCAAAGCUAUUGCUACAGGUGCGGUAGAGUUCGACCAGAUGCUGCAGGUUCUUCUGACAACCAGCAUGUUUGUUGGCGGUUUCUUCGGGUUCGUGUUGGACAACACCGUCCCAGGAUCGAAACAGGAGCGUGGCAUCCUGGCCUGGAACAAAGCUCAUGAAGACGAUUCGUGUGAAACUCUGGAGACUGGAGAGGUUUACAACCUCCCAUUUGGCCUGACCUCCUACCUGUCCUCGUUCUCCUGGCUGCGCUACGUCCCGUUCUGCCCGCCGGGCCUGUCCAGCUCCCUGGAGCCCAAGCAGCCGCUGGGAACUCCUGACCCGGGCCAGAUCAUGAUCGGAGUUGGGUUGUGAGCCACGGUUUCCUGUUACGGUGCCAUCAUUUCCCCAAACACACCAACACCAGAGGCAGCUCAGGCUCUGUAACGUCUCACAGACGGUGUACUGUAGCAACAGUGUUUGGAUCUUAUUACAUCAUAAUUCAUCUUUCUUUUCACAGCGUGUUUGGACUGCUACAUUAACUUUUAAAUGAGACCAAGUGGUGAAUUCAGAAAAGAAGGCCACACAGGAGUAAAAGAGUAAUCGCUGCCAUUUCUUAGAAAUAAAAAGGCGACUGAAAAGCAAAGAUACUUUGACUAGACAAAGUUUAGAAACAGCAGGUGAAUGUGAAUCAGACGACUUUUUCACAGCAGGAUGUGGAGUCGGACCAGGAGUCAUUAUUAUCAUUUUCAGCCUUUAUUUACAUCCAGAUUCACCGUCUGCUGCUGCAUCAUGAUACACGUCUCACAUCAAUGAUGUAAAAGUCGGACAAAAUGUGACAUGAAAACUAUCUGAUACCAGUUAGUUCCACAUAUGGAAGUGGAACAGAUCAGUUUUUCAAGGUUUUUGAAAAGAUUGAAAUUGGAAAGUUAAAAACCCGUCUGAUUUGAGUCGUAUUUUCCUGCAGUUUGAACGCAGCCGAACCUCCAGGACUCAAAGUUCUGAUGUUUUAUAUCUGUUCUAUUUCAUGAACAAAGCAAAAACUGAAUUUAAAAAAAAUCUUUGGUAGGAUUUGUAAAAAUGUAAACUGUUGCCAUGAGGGGAAAAGUUUCAGCUUCUCACCUUUUAAAAGUGAACAGAAUCUUAAACUGGUAACAGAGGAGUGAAACAUGUCUGCUGAUCUGCUGCUGCUGCUGGAUACAUUUUUGGAAAGAUAUUUAAUGCAGUGGUGCUUUGCUUUGAAAUCCAAGAUGGUUUAUUAUUUACAUUGGAUCCUUAAUGACAAGAGAUUAAAAUGAAUCCAACAUAGACACCUUUAUUAAAGUUUUCAGAUAUUUUUCACUCAUAUUUCAUAUUAUUUUCACUCUGUUUUGUAGUGACUCAUUUAAAGUUGUUUUGUUUUCAGUCUCAGAUGUCAGUUGCAUGCAGGUGCUAGUAAAUCAAAUAUUCAAUGUAAAUAUGAUGUAAAUAUGGGAUUUCAGUUGAAUCGUCUUUUGCUGAGAAGAUUUCAGUGAUUUCUUCAUUUGGAUUUCUGUUCAGUUCAUUUCUGAUCCUCAUUUCUUUCAGUUGCAACAUCUAAUAAUGAAUUUUUAAAGUCAUGUUUAUUAAACAUUGAACCCAAAAUGUGGAUCGGUGCUCAGUUUGUCUGUGCCAGGUCUCGUUUUAUAGCUUUAUAGAAACCAACAAAAGACUCUCCCCACAUUCCUCUUUGUUGAACUGAAGCUGCGCUGAUCAUCUUCUGGGUUGUGUUCACCAAAGUCAUCAAGAUUUGCUCAAAAUCCUCCUGAUGCAGCGAAGCGCUGUGCUCUGACAGCUCAG